AUGUGGGCUCUUAGUUCUCCUCAACCCAAUGCUCAGCCGUCUCCUUCAUCAGCCUUCAUCCCACGUUCCUCCCGGAAGCCGCCCGUUUGUUUCGUAUCCUUGAAUCCUUCGACCUCGACCACAGCUGACAAUAACCAGCUUAUACAGUCUCUAUGCAAACAAGGCAACCUGAAGCGGGCCGUGAAGCUGAUGAGCGAAGAGUCCAACCCGACUCAACGGACCUACGAGCACCUAAUUCUCUCUUGCAUCCACCAAAGUUCGCUCGUCGAUGCACAGUGGGUUCACCGCCACCUCCAUGAGAAUGGGUUUGAUCAAGAUCCCUUCUUGGCAACGAAACUUAUCAAUAUGUAUUCGUCUCUGGACCUGAUUGAUGAUGCACGCAAGGUGUUUGACAAAACUCGGAAGCGAACUAUUUAUGUUUACAACGCGUUGUUUCGAGCGCUUUCGUUGGCGGGCCAUGGGGAAGAGGUCUUGAACUUGUACCGCACGAUGAGUUCUCUUGGGAUGCCUUCUGAUAGGUUCACGUAUACAUACGCCCUCAAGGCUUGUGUUGCUUCCGAGUGUUUAGUAUCGUUGCUGUGGAAGGGAAAGGAGAUUCAUGCUCAUAUUCUGCGACAUGGGUAUGGGGGAUUUGUACAUAUUAUGACUACAUUGGUUGAUAUGUAUGCCAAGUUUGGAUGCGUGGCUUAUGCUAGUGCUGUUUUCAACCAGAUGGCGGUCAAAAAUGUGGUUUCUUGGAGUGCCAUGAUUGCUUGUUAUGCGAAGAAUGGGAAGGCUUUCGAGGCAUUGAAGCUCUUCAGGGAAAUGAUGCUCAAAACAGAAGAGGAUGUAGGUCCCAAUUCUGUGACAAUGGUCAGCGUCCUUCAAGCUUGUGCUGCUCUUGCAGCCCUGGAGCAAGGAAAGUUAAUACAUGGAUACAUUCUGAGGAAUGGUCUUGAUACCAUCUUGCCAGUAAUCAGCGCACUGGUCACAAUGUACGCAAGGUGCGGCAAACUCGAAGUGGCACAACAAGUUUUUGACGGCAUGGAUAAACGAGAUGUCGUCUCUUGGAAUUCUCUGAUUUCAGGGUUUGGAGCUCAUGGGCAUGGGAAGAAAGCAAUAGAUAUUUUCAAAGACAUGAUCAGUUGCGGUAUAUCACCAAGUCCUGUGUCGUUUGUCAGUCUUCUGGGAGCUUGUAGCCAUGCAGGUCUUGUGGAUGAAGGAAGAGCAUUGUUUCAGGCGAUGAGAAAAGAGUAUGGGAUAAUUCCUAGUGUGGAACAUUAUGCUUCCAUGGUGGAUCUUCUAGGGCGGGCCAAUAAGUUAGAGGAAGCAGCUAAAUUCAUCGAUGAUAUGCGGAUAGAACCAGGGCCUAAGGUCUGGGGAUCUCUCCUUGGAUCGUCUAGGAUUCAUUGUAACGUUGAGUUUGCAGAGAGGGCGAGCACAAAGCUUUUUCAACUCGAGCCUGCAAAUGCUGGGAACUACGUGCUGCUGGCUGACACUUAUGCAGAAGCUGGUAAGUGGGACGAAGUAAAAAGAGUUAAAAAGCUCCUUGAAUCCAGAGGACUACAGAAAGUCCCCGGUCGCAGCUGGAUAGAAGUAAAGAGGCAAAUACAUUCCUUUGUCUCGACUGAUGAGUUUAAUCCUCAAAUCGAGCAGCUACAUGCUCUGCUGUGUGAAUUAUCGUCGGAGAUGAAGGAGAAAGGAUAUGUGCCGCAGAUCAAAGUGGUGCUAUAUGACCUUGGGGAAGAGGAGAAAGAGAGGAUCGUGCUUGGCCACAGCGAAAAAUUAGCGCUAGCAUUUGGACUCAUCAACACCAGCAACGCAGAGCCAAUUCGGAUCACCAAGAACCUGCGGCUGUGUGAAGAUUGUCACUCCUUUACCAAGUUCAUAUCGAAGUUUGCACGUAAAGAGAUUCUGGUGAGAGACGUGAAUCGCUUUCACCAUUUCCGUGAUGGGGUGUGUUCUUGUGGGGAUUAUUGGUGA